CGGAACGUCUCAACCAGGAGUUAGAGACAUGUCUUCGAUGCCUGGUGUCGCAGAAUCCGGCUUCCUGGAGCCAGAAGCUGGUGUGGGUGGAAUAUGCCCACAACUCUCUUCUCACCUCGGCCACUGGCAUGUCUCCAUUCCAGUGCGUCUUCGGCUACCAGCCCCCUGUCUUCUCGGAGACGGAAAAGGAGAUCAUCGUCCCGUCGGCCCAUGCCAUGGUCCGACGAUGCCACCGCAUCUGGGCAGCUGCCCGUAAGGCCCUCCUACGCAGUGUGGACCGCAUGAAGAGGGCUGCUGAUCGGAGGCGCCGACCUGCUCCGGUAUACAAGCCUGGCCAGAAGGUCUGGCUCUCUACGCGGGAUUUGCCUCUCCAAGUCGCCGCCAGGAAGUUGGCUCCACGGUUCGUGGGGCCUUUCCCAGUGUCCAAGGUCAUCGGCCCUUCAGCUGUCCGUCUGCGUUUGCCCCGGUCCAUGAGAGUCCACCCCACCUUCCACGUCAGCCGGGUGAAACCGGUUAAGGAAAGCCUCAUGGUGCCCGCGGCCGUACCCCCUCCACCUCCCCAGAUGGUCGACGGCGGUCCUGUCUACUCAGUCAAGGCUCUGCUGGCUGUGCGCAACAGGGGCCGGGGCAGGCAGUUCCUGGUGGAUUGGGAGGGCUACGGUCCAGAGGAACGAUCAUGGGUUCCUGCCAGCUUUAUUGUGGAUCCUGACCUCAUCACAGACUUUUACAGACGCCACCCUCAGUUAUCUGGGCCGUCAGGAGCCGUCCCUAGAGGGGGGGGUACUGUCAUAUCUAGAAAGUUGUGUUAAGUUAUGUUUAGUUUUGCCUUCUAUUUUUUGUCUUGUGACUUCCUGUUUUAUUUUGACAUCUCUCUUUCCUCUUGUUUUAGCUAACUUGCCCUUCCCCUGUAGUUUUCCCCCAGUCUGAUUAUCUUCCCCGCCCUGAUUGUUUCCACCUGUUCCCCAUUACUUUGAGUUCACAUAUAGCCUGUGCUUCCCUUUACCCUGUGUCAGUUCGUCUUGUCUGUCAUGCCAGAGAACCCACGCCAAUCCAUGCCACGUCAAUUGUUUGUAAGGUUUUUGCUUUUCUUAGUUGCUACUUUGUUUUGUCCCUUUUUGAGCCAUCAGAGUUUUUUCCUCGUGAAGAGUGAUUUUGAUUUGGCACCUUGCCCAGACCUUUUGUCUCCUCCCAGUGAGUGAUUAUAAUUUGUUAC